UAAAAAACCAAAGUAAUGUUUAGAAAGGCUGCAAUGAAAAGAGAAGAAAACACUGUAAAGUGUAAAUAGAAGUCCACUCUCCUCUACAAACCCUCCUAGGGUUCUUUCAUCUCAAUUCUCAUCUCCCCUUUAGCUCGUCUCAAUGUUCACCUCCCAAAAAUCAAUGGACAAAAACAGGAACAAGAACAGAAAAAGACGUCAUCUUGAGCACCAUCCUUCCUCUUCAACCCCAACUCCAUCCCUUCCUUUCUCCACAAACCCACCUCUUUCCCAUCAUUCUCCGCCGCAAACCCACCUCCCCAAUAAGCGUUCACGGCCAGCCUUCGCCUCAUAUUCUGACGCCCCAGACCUCCAUCCCAAAGUCAAGCUCUUUUGCGAAAUCAUCGCCACCACUCCCUCCGUCUCCGUCGAGAUGGCUCUCCAGGAAACCGGUCUCCGAGUCACCCAAGAAGACGUCGAACAGGUCCUCAAGUUCUCAUAUGGGUUCCCCGGCCCCGCCGUCAAGUUCUUUCGCUGGUCCGGCCACCAGCUCAAUAACAAUCACAGCCCCUACGCUUGGAACCUCCUCGUGGACUUGUUGGGCAAGAAUUCCUUGUUCGACGCCAUGUGGGACGCCGUCAAGUCCAUGAGUAGAGAGCGUCGUUUGCUCUCUCUGGCCACUUUUGCUUCCGUCUUUAGCAGCUAUGUCAUCGCGGACCUUGUCCAAGAAGCAAUCUCGACGUUUGAGGUUGUGGACCACUACGGCGUUCCGCGCGAUGUAGUGGCGUUAAAUUCGCUUCUGAGUGCGAUUUGUAGGGAUGGGGAGACUGCGGAUGCGAUGGAGUUCUUGCGGUUUGCGAAAGAGAAGAUCAGGCCUGACGUAGAUACGUAUGCGAUUCUGUUGGAAGGGUGCGAGAAGGAAGGCAAUGUGGGUUCUGCUAGGCAGAUAUUUGCGGACAUGGUGUUUGAGGCGGGUUGGGACCCGGGCAAUGUGCCAGCUUACGACUCGUUCCUGAGCACUUUGAUCAAGGGCCCUGAUGGGGUUCAGGAGGCGAUGAAGUUCUUCGAUACGAUGAAAGAUAGGCGUUGUUAUCCGGGGUUGAAGUUCUUCAAGGCUGCACUCGACGAGUGUUCGAAGAAAGACGAUCCCCGUGGAGCCGCAUUGCUUUGGGACGCAAUGGUUGGUGAAAUUGGUUUUAGACCCGAUACCCAGAUGUAUAAUUCGCUUAUUGCUUUGUAUUGUCGGUGUAAGGGUACUGAUAUAGCGAAUAGGAUGUUGGAUGAGAUGGUUUACAAUGGGUCAUUUCCAGAUUCACAAACUUAUAAUGUUCUAUUUCAGUUCUUAAUGAAGAGCAGGAAGUUAAAGGAGGCUUCGAUGAUAUACAAUGAGAUGAUUAAAAAUGAGUGUGUCCCGGACCAUGCCAAUUGUAGUUCAGCAGUUAGGAUUUUUAUGGAUUCUGGGGAUUAUAAUAUGGCUAUAAAAGUAUGGAAAUGCAUGAUAGAGAAUUAUAAUAAUGACUUGGAGGACACUGGGAAUCUAUUGGUUGUAGGGCUACGCGAUAUUAAUAGGGCCCCGGAAGCAGUUAAGUAUGCAGAAGAUAUGAUUUGUAGAAGAAUCAAGGUGAACUCUACCACAUUGUCAAAGCUGAAGCAGAGCCUUGCCAAAGCGGGAAAGCAGCUUGUGUAUGAUGAACUUUUUAGAAAGUGGAAUUCCAUUAGCACUCCAAUCUUCUUCACUGUCACUUUCCUCAGCACUGAUUGUGGCCACUGCCGCCUCUUCAACAGCUUCACCUUCACGAUAUCUUUGAGUACAGGUCCAUAUAAGAUCCUGCAAAUUGAGCAUUGGCAUCUAUUCAAGCUGCUGGUGCUAUGGAUUCAGCAAUACUUAUAGUUUGCUUAAACUUCUUUUGGCCUCAAGUCUCGUCGAAGAAGGGGGGAUCCAGGUAGAAGUACCGUGCUCUGAUAUAGGCAUAAAUCGGUGAGGAUGGCAAACAGGUCUGGAGGUCUCGUGAAUAGACUUCGAUACAGUGGUGCUAAUCAUCCCGUUGGCACUACCAUUCUGUUCAGUUCUGAUUUCCUCAUAUGUUUUUUAAAAGAGCUUUCCUCCGCAUUGAUUAUGGCUGCUGCCGCCUCUUCAACAGCCUGAGCUGCAAGGUAUCUUUGAGUACCAAGUCCAUAGAAAGUCCCCCAAAUUGAGCCUUGGCAAGCUAUUCAAGCUGCUGCUAUUACUAUUGCUGCAUAGUUGUCUCGGACAAGAAGUAAAAUGACUUAGAACUGAUCCUUUUGACACUUACAAUGCUAUUCUUAUUUGGUGCACAAGAAUCCCACGGUACCAUGUCUAAUGCACCACUGCCACCACUACUGUACUUGUACAACGUAUAUUGUUCUU